AUGUCCACCCAGCAGCAUAGCGAUGAGUCGCCCCAUAAGAUCAACAUCACCAGCUUCAACUGCUGGGGCCUGAAGUUCAUCUCUAAAUACCGACGCGAACGGCUACUGGAGAUCGGGAGACGACUCGCCAAUGCCGAUUUCCCCCCUGAAAUCGUGGGACUGCAGGAAUGCUGGACACAGGAGGACUACAAUGCCAUCCGUAACGAGACGAGGCAUAUCCUUCCAUAUGGCAAAUUCUACCACAGCGGAAUAUUCGGCGGAGGACUCGCGAUCCUGUCCAAAUGGCCGAUCGAGGAGAGCAGUAUGUUCCAAUACCCGCUAAACGGUCGGCCCACGGCGUUCUUUCGAGGAGACUGGUUCGUCGGGAAGGGUGUUGCAUACGCGAGGAUAAGAAUUGGCCCUGGGUCAAAGGAUGUCGCUGCCGUCUUUUGCACGCAUCUACAUGCACCGUAUGAGCGGGAGCCGCACGACUCGUACAUCUGCCAUCGCACCGCUCAGGCGUGGGAGAUUGCGAAGCUGAUGCGUGGUGCCGCGGAGAGGGGCCAUUUGGUCAUUGGUCUAGGAGAUUUUAACAUGCUACCCAUGUCCUUUGCGCAUCGCUUGAUCACUGCUCACGCACCAGUGAGAGAUGUAUGGCGGUAUCUUCGCCCGGAGUCAUCCGUCGGCGCAGCGAUAGACGAGGUCGAGAUCGCCCGCAACAGGCCAAUUCCAAGUGCAGAUUUCAACAUACUCGAGAACGGUGCCACCUGUGACGGCUCCUUUAACACCUGGCGGUGGAAUAAGGCAGACCAGAAACGAAUAAUUCGAGAAGGUCAUAUCAGCGUCGACGGGAGUCUACCCGACCCCUUCGCAAAGAGACUGGAUUACAUAUUCAUCGGAGACGGUUCAUAUCUUAAUCGCGACGGCGAGGGCCCUUACUCGACUUCAUCAUGGAAAUGGAAUAUCCAUUCCGCCCGAGUUGGGAUGAUGGAGCGACAUCCAACACUCCACUGCUCGUUGAGUGAUCAUUUCUCAGUCGAGGCAACCGUUGUUCGAGCCCACCCGCCUGUGCACCGUACUGAGCGCAAGCUGUCGAGCGGAACGGAAGAUGACGAGAAUGCCCCAUUCCUACCGAUCCAAAGCCAUGCUGGUCGAAAUACAAGCAUCAACGACUACGCCAUCCUAAGGCAGACCUCGACCUUACCGCCCGAGGCUACCAGGCAGCCCAUACCGGCCCUGUCUGCAGAUGUAUACGACGAUAUCUUAAGUAUGAUAUCCGUCUACAUGAGCCGUGAACGGUUCCAACGACGAGCGAGAGUGGGCCAUUUCCUCGCUUCCAUAGCGCUGUCUAUUGGAUGCUUCAUUGGGAUCUGGUGGGCGCCCUACCCAUAUGUGUCCUUUAUACUCUGUCUUGUCAGCACGCUUAGCUUGUCCGCUGGCGUUAUUGACGGCCUAAUUGGUGGGCUAUUCGUCAGCAGCGAAAUGCGCGCACUAAAGGAGUUUGAAUGGGAAAUAAAGAACACUAGAAGGACAGUGUUGGGCCUGGGUCUUGAUAUCGAGCAGGAUCUAAGAUCGCCGACCAAAAAUGCUCACUGA